AUCUGUCACUAUCUUCAAAAAACAGCUAAAGACCCACCUCUUCCGUGAGCACAUAACUAACCCCUAAAAUGCCAACCAAAAAAUAAUGCCAAAAUAAAUCUAUAUAUAUGGAGAACAUAGGACCCUGGGAAAAUAGAUACGCUCCUCCCAUUAAUAAAGUAAUCAGAGGAAAAAUUGGGUUGUCUGUUUUCAUUUAUAUCUAAGUAUUUCUGUAAAUUCGACUCAUUUUGAAGAUAUGAAUGAACACAAUAUUGUGUGGUAUCGUGAUACAUCAGCUGCUACAGUAUCGUAAGAUAUGUCUAACCCUAGUCUGUGCACGAAUUUGAGCUGAAUCAGUUUCACGGUGCAGAAUCGAAUCCUUGUGGACGACUCUCGAUUCUCUAGGCCUGCGGUCUGAGAAUCGGCUCUUUUUUUUUUUUAACCACAACCUCGUAGACUCAAAGCCUCGUUGUUGUCGCGUUGUUUAUGUGAAAUGCGAAGAUUUAAAGCAGACUCAAGAUGAACACGGCUUUAAAGCAUUGGAAAGAGGCGGCCACUGUGAUCUUGGCUGCUGGGACAAAAUACAAGCGAAGUGUUGAAUCUCUGUGGAGAGAAACAAACCCGGUACCAAACCCGGCUUUCGAUUAUGAAGUCCUGCUGCUCAAGCGGAGCGGGAAAAGCGGCUUCAUGCCCAACGCUUAUGUGUUUCCAGGUGGAUUAGUGGGACCGUCCGACUUCUCCGCCGAGUGGCUGGAAGUUUUUAAAACGUUCAGACACUUGCCCAAGUUCGGCAUAGCGACGGUGAAGCAGCCGCAGGAGACGAGACCGCCGAUGUUCGCGACUGACCGGAAACAGCUCGGUUCUCCGAUCCCGGGGGACGUCGCGUUCAGAAUCUGUGCAGUGAGAGAGACGUUUGAGGAAUCAGGGGUGCUUCUGGUGUUGCCCAGUCAGGAGGCAAACCCGCAAAACACUGACCAUUACUCCGGAAAUGACAAGUCGGAUAACUGCGUCACUCGGUCGGGGCUUACAGAAUUGUCCGAUCGCUGGGACAAAAGUCUGAUCGCUAAGUGGAGAUCGCUGGUCCUGGAGAACUCGUGGAAUUUUAUCCGGAUGUGCAGAGAACUCGAGUGUUUACCCAACAUAUGGGCUCUGUACGAGUGGGGGAACUGGCUCACUCCCACCGGUGCGUCCCGGCAGCAGAGGAGAUACGACACUGCCUUCUACAUGUGCUGCUUAAAGGACAUCCCGGACACACUGCAGGACCAGAGGGAGAUAGAACUUUAUAAGUGGUCUACGCCACCUGAAAUACUUCACAGCUACCGGGAAAGGAAAGUUUGGAUCGCACAUCCUCAGUUAUAUGAUAUUGGACGAAUGUGCAAGCUUCCAUUACUAAGUGACCUUCACGACUUUGCCAAACAGAGAUCGAUAGAAGGCUGUGAGCGGUGCCUACCUGUUAUCUUGAAGGCUACUGACUGCAGCAUUUCACUCUUACCAGGUGACAGUUUAUACCCAGAGAAAACUGAUAGCAGUGUGUCUACAGAGAAGUGUUUGGAGGAGCUGCAGAAGGACAGUCCAAAUCUGCAUCGCAUUGUGAUACACAAUCCUUACAAAAACUCUGUCUAUAUGAACAUCACACCUAAAUACAAGCAUCUACCUCCUCAAACCACCUCCGAGUCCAAGCAUGACAGCAAGCUCUAACACUGAAUUUAUGGCAGUGUUCUAAGGGUACAAUUAACCUAAUGUAGACUAAUCCUGAUUCACACAAAAAAGAAAAAAAAAAGAAAAA